CGGCGCCGCGCACGGGGUAGGACUGGGCCGUUGAGCAUGCGCGCUGGCGCGUGACCGGCGCGGCGGCGGUUGCUGGGCAACGGCGAGUUGCUGAGGUGAAGGGCGCAGGCCUCGGUGGGUGUGCGGCAGGCGGCGUCGGCUCCGCCUCAGGUGCGAUCCCCAGGUGGGGAAGAGCGAGGAGAGGAGCGGCGGGGCGGGGGACAGCGACCACCCGGGGUUCCCAGGGCAGCCCACUUACUUGGUGGCCAUCCCUCGGGAGAGCCCGGCACCGUCAGUGUUUGAAAUGCCUAAGGCUGCGGGUUACCGAGAGUCCGCGCUUGACCUACACAGUUGGCCCUUGAACGAGGGUUUGAACUGCUGGCCCCCCAGUAAAUAUGCACUGCAGAACUACACCCUCCGGGUGAUUUGAACCUGGGAUGCGAGAAGCGGAGGACGGGGCGGACCUUGGGACUUGAGCAUCCCGGGGUUGUGGUAGAAGCCUCGGGUCCUGGAACCAGCCCCACGGGGAAACCCGGGGGCGGGAGGCCUGUCAUUUCACGUCCGUUGUGUGCUUCUGGCCAUCCUAGGCGGACUCGCAUCAAAAGUGUAAAACAAGGAAUUCCCAAGUUACGGAAGAUAGCAAGACAAGUGCGCUGAAGUCUCUUUUAAAAACUGUUUCUCUUGUUUGCUUGUGUUUUUACUAGACGGUUUAUAAAUUAACUUAAAAGUCACUCAGGCAAAUUGGUUACUUCAACCGUGUGCAUAUUCUGGACUCCUGCCUUGCCUCGUCUGAAAGCUAGAAGGGCCAAUUCCCAGUUCUUCCACCAGCUGGGAGGGGAACUGGACCCAGGAUAACUGCUCACAGAGGGUCCUGUGUGUGGAAGCCCCGCGUGUGAUCCUUCCCACAGUAGAGAAUUAAGGGUCGGUGACGUGAUGAUGUAACUCGAGAGAGCCAAGCAGCGACUUUUCCUGAAUCGGCAUGUUACGAAAAAAGGGUCAUUCCGCCAAACCAGCGAACUGCGCCAUCACGGCAGCUGCCUUGCAAGAUCACAUCUUACGUGAUCUUCAAAUUCGAAACCCAUCACGCGCACCACCGCCUUCGAAGACAAAGGUGCCGAAGACAGAGGCCAGAGCCAAAUCUCCACAGAGAAACAGGAAACCAGGGGUAGAUACUGGACCUAAGAAGCCCACACAAGGCCCUGGGCUGGAAGAUGCGGAAAAAGAGUACGUUCUUGAGCCACACCCACCACCGUUAACUUUAGCGCAGAAGCUGGGCCUCUUUGACCCUCCCCCGCGGCCCCUGUCUUCAGCCGAGUGGGAGAGAGUGAAGCAGAGGUCGGUCCUGCAAGGCGAUUCCCUGCAGCCCUGCCCCAUAUGCAAAGAAGAAUUCGAACUUCGCCCCCAGGUGCUGCUGUCUUGCUCCCACGUGUUCCACAGGGCAUGCCUUCAAGCUUUCGAAAAGUUCACAAAUAAAAAAACCUGUCCCCUCUGUCGAAAGAACCAGUAUCAAACCCGGGUGAUUCAUGACGGGGCCCGACUCUUCAGAACCCAGUGUGCGACCAGGAUCCAGGCCUCCUGGAGGGGACACGUGGUCAGGACGUGGUACCGGGACCUGAGGAGGAGGGUGCCGCCCACUGAUGCCAAGUUGAGGAGAAAGUUCUUUGAGGAAAAGUUCACAGAGAUCAGCCGGCGCCUGCUGCGCUCCUACCACACGGACCUAGAGCAGCUCUUCGCAGACAUCGACCACUGCCUGGCCGUCAACCGCAGCGUCCUGCGGCAGCUGGAGCGGGAGCGGGGCGGCGAGCUCUCCGAGGAGGACUGGGGCAAGAUCCAGACACAGGCGCUGCACCGGGAGACCCUCGAGUGCUCCAUCUGCCUGACCCCGCUCUCGCUCUCGGUCCGCGGCGACGACGACGGCCACCCUGCCCACCCCUCGCGGGAGACGGUGCUGCUGUCCUGCUCGCACGUGUUUCACCACACGUGCCUCCUCGCUCUGGAGGAGUUCUCCGUGGGGGACAGUCCUUUGCACGCGUGUCCCCUCUGCCGCUCCUGCUACCAAAAGAAGAGGCUUGGCUGUUGAAUUCACAGUUGGGAAGAAGCGGCCUAGCCCGGGGGAGAGGUCUCCCUUGAUUUCGGACGCACUGGGUGAGCCUGGGGGGACGUAGGGCCGUGUGUUCUGUGCUCCAGUGAAAUAAACUCUGGGGAGUUGUA